UUGGGCACGUCUUCGUCCGCGAACUGCGCCCUCCUCCUCGCUCGCCUGGCCUGCCUACAACUACAAGGCCCCCUCGCUUCUCGCGCUCUUCCUUUCCUGGCUCCAACAACUCGUGAGGGCGCCGUCCGUCUCCGCCUCCGUCUCGGGGAAAGAAGAUGAUGAUUGCGCGACGCCUGCUCCGAUCAAAUGCCUCCGCCCAGGCAAGCAGCUUAGUGAAGUACGUAACUAGCACUGCAAGUUUGCAAGGGCACACAGAAUGUUUGCCGGAUGCAUCAGUCAGACAUUUUAGUUCAGCACCGUCUGCCCAAUCUGACUCAACUGAAGAAAAUGGGUUUAAGGGUCAUGGCAUGUUGGCACCGUUUACAGCUGGCUGGCAGAGCAAUGAGUUGCAUCCACUGAUUAUUGAGAGAUCUGAGGGUUCCUAUGUUUAUGACAUAAAUGGAAAUAAGUACCUAGAUUCUCUUGCAGGACUAUGGUGUACAGCUUUAGGUGGUAGUGAACCUCGAUUAGUCAAAGCAGCAACUGAUCAAUUAAACAAGUUACCUUUCUAUCAUUCCUUUUGGAACCGCACAACCAGACCUUCAUUGGAUCUUGCACAGGAGAUUCUUAGCAUGUUCACUGCACGGGAAAUGGGAAAAGUGUUCUUCACAAACAGUGGUUCAGAAGCAAAUGACUCUCAGGUCAAACUGGUAUGGUAUUAUAACAAUGCGUUGGGGAGGCCAAACAAGAAGAAAUUUAUUGCACGAACAAAAGCAUACCAUGGGUCUACAUUGAUAUCAGCGAGCCUAACUGGUCUUCCUGCCCUGCACCAGAAGUUUGAUCUACCGGCACCUUUUGUUCUGCACACUGACUGCCCUCACUAUUGGCGAUAUCAUCUUCCUGGUGAGACAGAAGAAGAGUUUGCGACUAGACUUGCCACCAAUUUAGAGAACCUUAUUCUCAAAGAAGGACCAGAAACAAUUGCUGCUUUCAUUGCUGAACCUGUGAUGGGUGCUGGUGGUGUCAUUCCUCCUCCAAAGACCUAUUUUGAUAAGGUUCAAGCAGUGGUCAAGAAGUAUGACAUUCUUUUCAUAGCAGAUGAGGUCAUUACUGCAUUUGGAAGGUUGGGAACUAUGUUCGGAUCUGAUUAUUAUAACAUCAAACCAGAUCUUGUUUCACUAGCUAAGGCUCUUUCAAACGCCUAUGUACCCAUAGGAGCAACUCUUGUUAGCCCAGAGAUAUCAGAUGUGAUUCAUUCCCAGAGUAAUAAGCUUGGUUCAUUUGCUCAUGGAUUUACAUACUCCGGUCAUCCAGUUGCCUGUGCUGUGGCCAUAGAAGCUCUGAAAAUUUAUCGUGAAAGGGAUAUUCCUGGCCAUGUAAAGCAAAUUGCUCCAAAGUUCCAGGAUGGAAUUAGGGCAUUUGCAGACAGUCCAAUUAUCGGGGAGAUUCGUGGCUUGGGGAUGAUAAUGGGAACCGAAUUCACCAACAACAAAUCACCGACUGAUCUAUUCCCUGCUGAAUGGGGCGUUGGUGCAAUCUUUGGGCAGGAGUGCCAGAAGCGCGGCAUGCUGGUGAGGGUUGCCGGUGAUGCCAUCAUGAUGUCGCCAACACUGAUCAUGACACCUGGCGAAGUCGACGAGCUGGUGAGCAUCUACGGAGAAGCCCUUAAGGCCACCGAGGCGAGGGUGGCGGAGCUGAAAUCCAAGAAGAAUUAGCCAAAGGCAUCGACGAUGACGAUAAACGUCAGGCAGAAAUGAGCACAGCUGAUGUACAGAAGAAUAAAUCCAUGGCUGGGAGAUGGCAAUAAUGCACUGGAACGGGCACUGUUCUUGAAGUGCAAGAUAGCAGCUGUCUGUCACUGAGCAAUGGUGACUGAUAACUUCUAUACAGGACAUAGAUGUUUUUUCCCCUUAUGUCUCAAACUGUAUACAUCCUUAUUGGUAAAAUAUUCCGAUACAUACCUUUGCAAGGAAAGAAAAUGGUUACAAUUGAAACGGAGGAAUUGCAGUUUGAACCUUCUGCAA